AGUUUAGCUAAUGUUAGCUCGGCCAAGUUUGCUGCAUAGUUAGUUAGUUAGGUGAACUUUCACCGUGUCUUUGUCCAUUUGAAGUCCUCCAAAAUGUCUGAUGUCGUGUAUCCACCAGAGAGCGCCUACAAUCUUGUUCCCAGGGAAGAGGUUCAUACUCAAAAACCGCAGAGGUAUAUAUCCAAGUUUAGACCAACUGUUAUUCUUGAGGAGAAGUCGAACAAGGAUGCAAUGAGGACAAUGGGACCAGCAAAAGCUGAGGUGCCGUCCCCAGAGAAAUACCUCAAGAAGCACUCAAAGGAGCCUAAAUUACCCAAAAAGACACAGUGUUUGAGAGAGGUCCAUAGCACCUGCACUAUGAGGAAACCACCCGUUCCUUUGAGGACGGACAUCCCACCGAUGGGCAUUUACACGAAGAGAGAUUUUAUAAAGACAGCUGCUGUGGUGCCCAUGAAGCCCCAGUCUAUCUGUGUGGACACCAGUAAGGGACACAAGCAGCUCCUUGAGAAUUCAGGACUUGUCCCAAAAUACAUCAAGAAAAAGCAUUACGGAGAAGUACCUGAGUACCUGCAGCAGCGCAAUGAUGAAGAGCGGAGAGCUCAGGAGGAGUAUGACAACUUUGUGAAAGAACAGCGGGAGCAGGGAGCAAUGAAACACCUGUCAGACGAGGAGCGACACGCCGUCCUGGAGGGCCUGAAGAAGAACUGGGAUGAGCUGCACCACGAGUACCAGGGCCUCUCACUGGUCACAGACAGCCUGUCCAAGAAGUCCCACAAGGAGCGUCUGGAAGUGGCGAUGAAGCAGCUGGAGAACGACAUCAACCUCAUCGAGAGGUUCAAGACCAUCUACAUACCCAAUAACUAGGACAUUAAAAAAACAUAGUUAAUCAAAUUUACUCUAUUGUAUGUCUUGACACUGUCAAAUAUGACAUGGGCUUAAGUAAAAUAAAAUUCUGUAUUCUCACAAGCUAUCAUAUGAAACGUCAGCGAAUCUAAAAGCUUACUGCAAAUUGAAAAAUACCUCAGGUUUACCUCCUGGGGAUCAUGUAAAUUCAUAACAAAUUUAAUAGCAGUCUGGCCUGUAGUUGAGAUAUUUCACUGUGGAUUAUUGUCAUCCUCACCUCAUGCUUUUAAAGUAAUGCCCUUUCUCCCUUAGAGACUCCUCGGCUCUGAUUGGCUGCUUUUGUUGGCAUGCGGU